CACCUUUUUCAACCUUCUUUAGAGUUUGUUUUAUAACCUUUUGUCUCAAUUAACGUACAAUUCACUUGUUUUUAAAUUUGCAAUAGGUAUUGUCAGUAAAGUAAAUUACUCAGCACCAUGCAAUGUUUGCAUAGAAAUAAUGAAACCAAUAAUUUGAUCUGUAAAACAAAAACCUUCAACAUGGGAUUUCGUUGACAGGCCGAGAAAUCAGGCCAUGUAAUGUCGUUAUCUGAGAACCAUAUGUAAGGUUAUAGAUAGUGAUGAGGUCAUGGAAUCAGGUUAUAAGUGAUAUAAAAUUGUUCGCUAAAGUGUUUAAUGGUGAAACUUUAAUGUAAACCAUUGGAGUAUUUCAAAAUCACCCAAUGCAUAGCAGUUACAAGAGUUCUUCAUGCCCCUAAGUUUCAAUGAUUUCUGUUUUGUAUUUUCGUUACAGGCUGGAGUGGUGGCCACCUCCACAAUUGGUUUUACGGUGAUGGCCAUUACAUUCUUUUUUAAUUUAUACGCCCCGAACUCAAUGGAAUCCAAAGUGCAGAUAUGUCAAUAUGCAACUCUGUACAUAUACUUAGUACUCAUGAUGGUUGCGUUUGGAAUGGCAUUCAUGUCUUCUUUCUGGGAAAAAAUUAAAUUAAUCAGAAUCUCUGCAAUCUUACUCGGCAUUGGAACUCUCUUCUACUUCAUCUUGUCCAUAAUAUCUUAUGUACGGGAUAAUAACGCCAUGGCUUACGUCUGUCCGGAUUGGCGAUGUCCAGACCACCACUGGUUACAAGACUCCAGAUGGCGAGCUGUGUACAUCGCGAUGGAGGCCGCAAGAGAAAAUAGUACAGAUGAACUGAGCAGAGAUGAAUGGUCUAUGUCUUAUCAGAGUGAUCUCUAUAAUCAAGACCUCUUUCGUCCAAUUAUUCAGCAACCUGACUUGGCUCAAGUCGAAUUAAAAGAAGAUCUUUUAAAAUGGGCGGAUACUAAAGAAGAAACAACUACAGAAGGUAAAGGCGCUCAGAGCUCAACAAAUACAGAAGGUAAAGGCGCUCAGACCUCAACAACUACAGAAACAGAGGUCACCAAACCCGGAAGACCAACGAAGAAAACCAGAGAAAAAGACGUCCUUAUGCUCAUGUUUGUCUCCUUUGUAUAUACUACUGCUUUUCUUGUAUUUUAUGUAUAUACGAUACUGACGAUCCUUGCUUUCGCUUCACAAUUAAGCUGAUGAAAACCAGAAGGAAAUUAAUGGCGAACAGGGAUACUCGCAGUAACGGAUUGAGAUAUCUUCUCAUCGCCCUCCAAAGAAAUAGAGAAACUAUAAAUACAAAAAUGAUAAAAUAAAUACAAAUGAUCGUUAAACCGAUGUUAUAUUUUUAUAUUUAGUUUUGA